AUGGUACUCGAUAUCCGAGAAAUAAUGCAGCUCAUUGCCGGUCUGCACAAAUGCUGUGGCCAUGAAUGGCAGAUCGACACCGCCAAAAUCGAUGGCCGUAUCGGUGGUGAUGGCUGUGGCCCAGCAUUGACGUACAUUACAACCGAACUGCAGCACCAACGCUAUCAACAAACAUCUCUGAAUGAUUACGCUACCGCCUCCGUCGCCCAUCACACAUGA